AUGUCAUCAACUCAACACCCUGCAGUUCCCGGCGAGCCAAUUCCAACUGGCACCGCUCUCCUCGAGACCACAACAGCCGCCAUUCAAGGCUUUGGUCCCACCAACAAAAUUCACCAACACCUCUGCGCGUUUCAUUUUUAUUCUGAUGACAUGACUCGGCAAGUGGAGGCGCACCACUUUUGUGGGCAUCAAAACGAAGAAAUGCGGCAGUGUCUCAUAUACAAUAGCCCUGAAGCGGACGCGAGGCUCAUUGGGAUUGAAUAUAUCAUAUCGGAGAAACUCUUCUUGACGUUGCCGGACUCAGAGAAGCCGCUGUGGCACACUCACGAGUUCGAAGUGAAAAGUGGAGUGCUGUUCAUGCCUGGAAUUUCUGGUCCCAUUGAGAGGCAAGAUCUUGAUAAGGUUUGCAAGACUUAUGGUAAGGCCAUCCAUUUUUGGCAGGUUGAUAGGGGUGAUAAUUUGCCUCUUGGACUGCCCCAAAUUAUGAUGGCCUUGACUCGUGAUGGCCAGCUUUAUGAACACCUUGCUUUAGAUGUGGAGAAACGAUAUGGUUUGUCGUUUGCGAAAGAGAGGGAGAACAGAGCGUACAUGUCGGGACCGGAGCAUGGGAUACAUCCACUGGCUAAUGCUGCAGGCAAGGGGGUCAAGACUACACCGAGGGAGGUAGAGUGCAGGCCUGUUGAGUCUGUUUGA